GGUCGAGGGUGGAGAAAUGUAAAGGGUGGAGUUUAGUCGGUAUAGUUAAAACUUUGACGCUGAGUUUGUGGUUAAUUUCGCCGGGACCGGGUUACAUACACUCACCAUCAUGAGCCCGGCACUGAGGUCUUGUUUUGUGCUCGUGGGUUUCAUCACAUCAUACGUUUGUUAUCUGAUCCUGGGAGCGCUGGUUUUCUCUGCUAUCGAGCGGCCCGUUGAGGAGAGCCUGAAAUCAGACCUGAAGUCCCUGAAAGCUGAAUUUCUCAACUUGAGCUGUAUCAACGCCUCGGCUCUUGAGACUUUCUUGGAAACCGUUUUAAAAGCUAAUAAACACGGCGUGUCUGUCCUUCAAAAUGCAUCGCUUCGUACAAACUGGGAUUUGGCGUCGUCUUUGUUCUUUGCCAGCACGAUGGUCACGACAGUGGGAUAUGGCCACACUACACCACUCUCCGAUGCAGGCAAAGCAUUCUCUAUUGCGUUUGCUUUGAUCGGGGUUCCCUUCACCAUGCUAGUGCUCACUGCUUGCGUCCAGCGUCUAAUGCACCCGCUAACCUACAAGCCUAUCUCCAUGUGCCAGCAACAGGGCGGCCUGCACCCACGCACCGCCAGCAUUGUGCACUUUAUAGUGCUGUUGCUUCUGGUGGUGCCUACCUUCUUUGUUGUACCCUCGCUGGUGUUCUGCACAAUAGAAGAAUCCUGGUCUUUCUUGGAUGCCAUUUAUUUUUGCUUCAUAUCCCUAUGCACCAUAGGACUGGGGGACUUUGUGCCAGGGGAAAAGCCAGGACAGAACCUCCGGGGCUUGUACAAGAUAUCCGUCAUGGUCUACCUGUUUGUGGGCUUGAUGGUCAUGUUCCUGGUCCUUCGUAGCUUUCACAAGCUCGCUGACGUGCACGGAUGGACGGCUUUCUUCCAGCUGCCAAGCUACGAUGAGGAACAUGACGAUACGGAGCCAAUAAUCAAUAAGGAGCACGGUGAAGAAUCAGCCGAGUCUGAAAAGGCUUCGGUUCAGCCACUGGAUCCGAGCUCUCAAGUUUCCUACAACUCUAUAAACAGAUAAAACAGAAGACCAUUUCUUUGUUCAUUCCUAUCAGUUCACUUACAUGACACUUUCCAUUUUAGCAGCCUGGCACCGCAACACCCACAAGGUCAAGACAAUAUGAGCACGUGCAAUACAAUACACCUCACCGUGGGGUGGAGCGGGUUCUGAUGUUUUGUAUGGAAAAGCGUCAGGGCAGGCUUUGGUUCAUAAAUGUUCCGAUUGUUCCAACUUCUGUGUUUGGUCUGUGUGGGAUUGAAAAACUGGUCUUUGAGACUUUAGGUAGAUUUAUUUAAACUAGCAUAUCUGAUGUGCAAAAAAAGAAAAAAGUUAUGUGUGGAAAUUGUGGCUCCACUAAUACUUGGUGUUUUUAUGUUCAAACAGAUCACCAUUUAAUAAUUUAUUUAAAUGGUAAUUUAAUGUAUUUCAUUCAACAGCAUGUGUCAUGACUUCUCUAUACUGUAAUAACAGGAAGAGGAUGAUGCUGCUGCUGCUGUGAAUGAGGAAAACAUCACAUGCACUUUAUGAUCUGCUUUUUACAAAUGUUUACUCAAUCAUUGCAUAACUAACGUUAUAUGCUGGACACAGUGGUUGUUUUGUCUUGUAUGUAUGUAUGUAUGUAGUUACGUGUAUUCAUUGUAACAUUGAAGGUAUAGGGAACAAAAGGUAACCGAUAUUCACUGUUAGGAUUAUAAAGGGGGUUUUAAGACAUUGCAUGCAAAGGAAAAUAAAAUAUUUUUGUUACUUUUGAGUUUCUUUUAUUAUACAGGUCUGGUGCUGUCUUUUGGAAAUGUAUUAUGAGUCAUAUCUGACUGAAAAGAGAAGUUUCAGUUUAUAUCAUACAUCCCUUUUCUAAUCUCUCUUGGGACCCUGAUGUGUUGAGUACUUGAAAUAGGUCUGUAAAAUUAUUUUAAUAACAAAAUCUGCAUGUAGAUAAAUGUAAGCAAUCUUCAACUUCAUUAAAACCACUGUAAUACAUCUCUAAACAACUGUUUCUUAUCACAUGUAGUCCUUGUAUUUUACAGAACCAGUAAAAUGUUCACAUAAUAUUGGAUCCUGUACUUUUAACAUAAUGCUUUGAUAAAGUUUUGAGAUAUAAGAAUGAAUCAACUUGGAUACAUCCCUUUACUGUAGUCUUAAAUAGUCUAAAAAUGUAUUGUCAGAAUAUUUUCUGAAAGUGUGGGGAUGAAUAAAAGCACAAUCCAACAUGG